UGAUGGAGAUAGGGCUAAUAGGAUGAGAGGGGGAGAUGUGAAAAAUGACACCCCGGAUCGGACAGCCCUGCGGGUACCUCCUGCGUGAUGCUUUUCAACGAGCCUAGCUUUGAGAGGUGCAGGGACUCCCUUCUUGCAGCUAGCGGGGCGCCAGCUGUGGGGGCGAAAAUUCCCCGAGGCACAGAGGCAGAGGGAGGUCUUGCAGAGUCAGACCCGCUCUCCCUCUUCUCCCUCCUUCAGACAGUUUGAUUCCCUUCUAUGGCUCAUUUCUCCUACCCAUCCUACUCUGAUUAUAUCCAGCCCCCUACAGAGGUUCACUGAAGAUGUGAAGUAAACCAGUGCGAUGAUGCUCCUUUAUGGAACACCCUCCCCUUCAACACCAGUGACAACUUUGUGUCUGAUCAGCAGUUCUGAGAUGCUCGAGCGAAUGCUGCCUAAGAGGAGGCAAAGGAAUCAAGACGGGAUAUUGCACUUCUGAAUCUCUUCCAGAAAUGCAGUAAACUGCUUGAGCAGCAGCUGUCUAGGAGAGAUCUUCAGAAAUAAACCAGGAUGGUUCUGGGAUGCUGUGAGAUGUAUGGAGGCUAUGGGCUGGGGUUUCCAGCUUAUCUCUGGAUGCUUCUCUCAUUCUGAGCUAAAGCACCUCUUCCUCUUAGGCUGUAACUAAAUUUUAAAUCGACAUUGAGGACAAAGGAAAAUAGACUUCUGUGUUUUACCUGUUGUAGGACGGCAAGGUUAAGCAGAAAGAUAAUGCCUUAAAGUGAUGUCAUUUUAAUUUUGUUGGCGAUCUGGGAAGAAUUUUAAUGGGUCUUUUCUCUGAACUUGUGCUACUUUUUUUUGUCUUGCUUCUGGAGACCGGUUGUGAUGCUGUCAUUGGCAAGCCAAAUUUUUGUGGGGAUAUAAGAUGCUUGAACUGAAACUUAGGUGAAGAAUGCAUUAUAAAAAGCUGCUAAAGCUUGCAUUGUGUCCAGAUGCUUUCUGUUGAAAACCUUCACUGGAGAUAUACAAUAUGUAUUUUUUCCUUUCAGUUUUUCUCAUACAAUGUAAUCACUUUUACAGGGAGUAAAGCUGGCAAAGAUGAAGAAAAUUGGCUGUGCUCUCCUCGUACUCCAAGCUCUUCUGACGCCUUUGGAUCUUGCUUAUGGAGCGGAGAAAAGUUAUCCCAUCCUGAACAUUGCAGUGAUUCUGGGAAGGACCAAGUCUAUCACGGAGAGAGAUAUCAGAGCUCUCUGGACCAGGAAAAUGUCAGCAGACUUGACUGUUGAUGUCAAUGUAGUGACCCUUCUUGUGAACCAGACUGACCCUAAGAGCAUCAUAACACAUGUUUGUGACUUGAUGUCAGGCACCAAGAUCCACGGAGUGGUUUUUGGAGAUGAUACUGAUCAGGAGGCAGUAGCUCAGAUUUUGGAUUUUAUUUCCUCUCAGACUUCUAUUCCCAUUCUUGGAAUUCAUGGUGGAGCCUCCAUGAUAAUGGCCGAUAAGGAUGUGAUGUCCACAUUCUUCCAGUUUGGGGCUUCCAUCCAGCAAGAAGCCAUCGUCAUGCUGAAGAUCAUGCAGGAUUAUGACUGGCAUGUGUUUUCUUUGGUGACCACCACCUUCCCUGGAUAUCGAGACUUCAUCAAUGUCAUUAAGACCACAGUGGACAAUAGUUUUGUGGGCUGGGACAUGCAGAAUAUCAUUAUACUUGAUACCGCCUUUGGAGAUGCCAAGACCCAAAUUCAGCUAAAGAAAAUUCAUUCAUCCGUCAUCCUGCUAUAUUGUUCCAAGGAUGAAGCUGUCUACAUACUGGAUGAGGCUCGUUCCCUGGGCCUUACUGGCUAUGAUUACUUUUGGAUAGUUCCCAGCCUAGUUAGUGGUAACACAGAAAUCACUCCCAAGGAGUUUCCUUCAGGACUUAUUUCAGCAUCUUACGAUGAAUGGGACUACAGUUUAGAAGCUCGGGUACGGGACGGCCUUGGGAUUAUAGCCACUGCUGCGUCAGCCAUGCUGGAAAAAUACUCCUUCAUUCCUGAAGCAAAAACUAGCUGCUAUGGACAAUUGGAGAAAAAUGACCGGCCAUCUCAAACCUUGCACAAGUUUAUGAUGAAUGUGACUUGGGAAGGUAAAGAUUUGUCCUUCACAGCUGAUGGUUAUCAGGCGCAUCCCAGACUGGUGGUGAUCGUGCUGAACAACGAUCGCGAAUGGGAAAAGGUGGGGAAAUGGGAGAACAACUCACUGAGCCUGAAGUACUCUGUGUGGCCAAGGUACAGCUCUUUCGCUGACAGCGACCCAGAUGAUAACCAUUUGAGUAUUGUCACCCUGGAGGAGGCUCCAUUUGUCGUUGUUGAGGAUGUGGAUCCUUUGAUGGAAAGUUGCCAAAAAAAUACAGUACCCUGUCGUAAAUUUGUCAAAAUUAACAACUCAACUAAUGAGGGAAUUAAUGUAAAGAAGUGCUGCAAAGGAUUCUGCAUUGAUAUCUUGAAGAAGUUGUCUAAAACCGUCAAGUUCACAUAUGACCUCUAUUUGGUGACUAAUGGGAAACAUGGCAAAAAAGUCAAUAAUGUAUGGAAUGGAAUGAUUGGUGAAGUGGUAUAUCAUCGUGCAGUUAUGGCUGUGGGGUCUCUCACUAUUAAUGAAGAGCGCUCUGAAGUGGUUGACUUUUCAGUGCCAUUUGUUGAGACUGGGAUUAGUGUCAUGGUGUCACGGAGCAAUGGCACAGUUUCACCAUCUGCUUUUCUAGAGCCUUUUAGCGCUUCUGUCUGGGUGAUGAUGUUUGUGAUGCUUCUCAUUGUGUCUGCCAUGGCUGUCUUUAUCUUUGAGUACUUCAGUCCUGUAGGAUACAACAGGAAUUUAGCACAAGGGAGAGAUCCCCAUGGGCCAUCCUUUACCAUUGGAAAGGCAGUGUGGUUACUCUGGGGCUUGGUAUUCAACAACUCUGUGCCUGUACAAAACCCCAAAGGAACGACAAGUAAAAUCAUGGUGUCGGUUUGGGCUUUCUUUGCUGUCAUUUUCCUGGCUAGUUAUACUGCCAACUUAGCUGCAUUUAUGAUUCAAGAGGAAUUUGUUGACCAAGUGACUGGACUGAGUGAUAAAAAGUUUCAAAGGCCGUAUGAUUAUUCACCUCCUUUUCGUUUUGGAACAGUCCCAAAUGGAAGCACCGAGAGGAAUAUCAGAAACAACUACCCUGAUAUGCACCUUUACAUGACAAAGUAUAAUCAGAAAGGAGUUGAAGAUGCCUUGGUCAGCUUAAAAACUGGGAAGUUGGAUGCUUUCAUCUACGAUGCAGCAGUGCUGAAUUAUAAGGCUGGAAGAGAUGAAGGCUGCAAACUUGUCACAAUAGGGAGUGGAUACAUCUUUGCCACUACAGGCUAUGGAAUAGCACUUCAGAAAGGAUCACCUUGGAAGAGACAAAUUGAUCUGGCCCUUCUUCAGUUUGUUGGAGAUGGGGAAAUGGAAGAGUUGGAAACCCUGUGGCUGACUGGUAUUUGCCACACUGAGAAGAAUGAAGUCAUGAGCAGCCAGCUGGACAUUGACAACAUGGCAGGAGUGUUUUACAUGCUUGCAGCAGCCAUGGCACUCAGUUUAAUAACCUUUGUCUGGGAGCACUUAUUCUACUGGAAACUUAGGUUCUGCUUCACUGGAGUCUGCUCAGAUAGGCCAGGACUGUUGUUCUCAAUCAGCAGGGGUAUUUACAGCUGCAUUCAUGGAGUACAUAUUGAAGAAAAAAAGAAGUCUCCUGACUUUACUUUGACCAAUUCCCAAACCAACAUGUUAAAACUGCUGCGAACAGCAAAAAAUAUGACCAAUAUCAAUUCUUCAAGAAUUAAUUCCCCCAAAAGAACAGCUGAUUUUAUUCAGAGGGGUUCCUUGAUUAUGGAUAUGGUCAUGGAUAAGGGAAACUUGAUAUUUUCUGAUAACAGAUCCUUUCAGACAAAGGACAACUAUUUUGGUGACAACAUGAGUGAACUGCAGACACUUCCUGGCAACCGACACAAGGACAAUCUUAACAACUAUGUAUUCCAAGGUCAGCAUCCUCUCACAUUGAAUGAGUCCAAUCCAAAUACGGUAGAGGUUGCAGUAACAACAGAAGCAAAAGUGAAUUCCAGACCCAGGCAGCUUUGGAGGAAAUCUGUUGAAUCUUUACGUCAAGAAUCUUUACGUCAAGAAUCUGUACGUCAGAGCCAAGGUUCACAGAGAGAAAACGGGUCAGAUGAAACCAGACAGCUUUCAGUGAAAAGCCAAAGAUACCUUCCUGAAGAGAUUGUCCAUUCAGACGUAUCAGAGACAUCAAGCCGUGCUACUUGCCAUAUGGAACCUGAAAACAACAACAAGCACCACAAAACCAAGGACAAUUUUAAAAAAAGGACAGUACCAUCAAAAUACCCAAAAGACUGUAGUGAAGUGGAACUGACAUAUCUGAAAACCAAACAGAGCUCUCCACGGGAUAAAAUCUACACAAUUGAUGCUGACAAGGAGCCAGGAUUCCGCUUGGACACACCUCAGUACAUCGAAAACAUUGUCCUUCCAGAAACUAUAGAGCUUCCUGAUGUUUAUCAAGAUCACAAUGACAACUACAGGAAAGCAGAACAUGCUAACAGGACUCCCUUGCAUAAUGAAGACAGUCUUCCAAAUAAUGACCAAUAUAAACUUUAUGCAAAGCACUACACUUUAAAAGAUAAAAAUGCUUCCCUAGGUGACAUGAAUGAUAGAUAUAGACAGAAUUCCACUCACUGCAGGAGCUGUCUUUCCAAUGUGCCCACUUAUGCAGGACACUAUUCUAGCAGAUCUCCCUAUAAAUGUGACGCGUGCUUGCGGAUGGGGAACCUGUAUGAUAUCGAAGAAGAUCAGAUGCUGCAAGAUACAACGAACUUAUCACUUCCUGAAGAAAUAUAUGAGCAUAGUUGGUCACAAAACAACGCUCUGCAAUAUCAUAAAAAAAAUAAGUUGAGGAUUAGCAGGCAACAUUCUUUUGAUAAUAUCGCUGAUAAAUCCAGGGAAAUUGAUAUUGGAAGACCUUCUCGUAGUAUAAGCUUGAAAGAAAGAGAGAAAUUUCUACAAAGUAGUCCAUAUGCAAGCAUGUUUAGUGUUCCCUCAAGCAAACUGUUGAGCAACAAGGCCUCACUUUUAACUCAUGCUCUAGAGGACAGUAAGCGAAGCAAGUCCCUGUAUCCUGUUCACUCAGAUGAUAAUCCCUUUCUGCACUCGUAUCGUGAUGACCAGCACUUAUCUCUUAGGCGAAGUCCAUCUGAUCUUUAUAAAUAUUCAUUACCAACAAGAGGAAGAAAUGAUAAUUAUUUAAGGUCAUCCAUAAAGUCUACAGCAUCAUAUUGUUCCAGGGAUGGUCGGGUCCAUAAUGACAUGUACAUUUCAGAGCAUGUUUUGCCUUAUGUUGCAAAUAGGAAUAGCUUGUACUCAACUCCAAGGGUUUUAAAUUCCUGUAGCAAUAGACGUGUGUAUAAGAAAAUGCCUAGCAUUGAAUCAGAUGUUUAAAUUUUCCAUGAACACUUCAUCUAUAGGGAAAAAAUAGUUGCCACCAUCUUAGAGGGAGAAUUUAUCCUUUAACAGUAUCCUGCUAUGGUAAAUGAUAUGUAAACCUCUCCCUUUCCCAGUGUACUUUUGUACAUUAAUAGGUAAACUAUUAACCAUCCUUUAAAAAUAUGUCUUGUUGAAAAGGAUAAAAAAAUAGCCAUUUAUGUACGCUUUAUAUGUAAAUGGCAAACUGUACUGAAAUAGCCCCAAGAUAUGUUGGCAACUAUGCUGAUUUUUAUCUAAUUAUUUUCCUAUUUUGGUUAUUCUAAUUUAUGUUGCUAAGUAUCAUUCGAUGUACUUUUGUCCUUAGAAAUGUUUAAUGAUUUUCUAGUACUGGAUAAGCAAUAUGGUAUGCAUGUAGUAUGACACAGGCAAAAAGAAUUAGGAAUGCAUUUGCACAGUUACAGAAGUAGGACUCUAAAAGAGAACAGAAAGCUAGACUUUCAAAGAUGUAUUUUAGCUUCAUAAUCAUUUUCAAAGCCAAAUAAUAACAAAAAAAACCCCCUAGACCCUAGGACCUUAAGAAACGAAAUAUAGUGUGUUAGCACAAAAUUAAUACAUUCAUUGUUGACUGACAGAAAAUAAAUUGGAAGACUGUAGGCCCGAACAUGUGAACUGCUGUGUACCAAAAGGAAGCCCUAUGGAUAUUGGUUAACGCACUAAUGCUUUUCUUAUAUUUCACAUCACUUACCAUUGCAAACUAAGUUCAUUUAAAAGUCUGCAGUCAUCUCGUUAAAAAAUUCACAGCUGCCUAACCCAGAAUAUAUAUAUUUUUAGAUAUCACUAUAUGGCACUUAUUAUGGAGCUGUGGACUUUAUUAGUAACCUUGAGGCCUAAUGUGUACGUAGGUUUGUAUUUGCCCCCUACUGGUGAUUACUCAGGGCUGUAUAGUAUUUCUUUUAUUCCUUCACUUCCCAAACCAAAUCCCAAUCCACUGUAGUUCUUUGUUCCGUGUGUGUUAGUGACAUCUAAUUAAUGGUAUGUUAAUAGUAUUAAAGCUGUUAAUGCAGUAUCAACCACCAACAGCCAUAAGUUCAGUGUAAUCAGUGAGGAGUGCAAUACCAUUUAUUUGAAUACACAAGGAAGGAUUAACACCUUUUGAGGGGCUCCUUCCUUCUGGAAUAUUGUGCAUAUUUGUUGAACAUCAGACCAUUUUUUUUAACCUCUCCAAUCAAGUCUGUUAUAUAAUUCAAAUAUAUGCACACAUAACUAAGCAAGUGUAUCUUUAUUAUUACUUACUGGUAUACAAAGAUAUUCACAUAACAAGGGUGCAUUGUGAUAUGACUCUUAAUUGUAGUAAAGAUCCAUCUGAUUAUUUCACAAAUAAUAUGCCUGCUACGCACCUCUCCUCACCCCCACUGGAAAAAAGAAACCUACUGGAUUUUAACCGUAAGGCAGCAUGGAAGGGAAGAGGGGAAGCCUUUCAUGAGCAGAGCGUACACUUGUAGGUGUAAUUUAAACUAAGAAGUAAAUAUAAUUGCCAAUAGAUUUUAAAACCGAAAGCAUUCAACAGGUAGACCUCUCCCGUUCUCCUGUUACUCUGAGAAUUGCUCUAGAUGUUUUGUGAAGAGGGAGUUUAGAUUUUUUACGGCAUUAUUUCUUACAUUUCACUUGAAGAACAGUAAGCAGGGAAACCAUUACCACUGUGAAUUGGAAAAUGUGAAUAUUACCCUAAUUUUUCUCUGAACUAAAACUCUUUUCAAUAGAAUCAUGCCUGUAAGCUGUAGUAGUAGUAUCUGCAUGCCAGGGGUACAGUAUGCAGGCUGUGUAGUUUGGAAUAGCAUACUGCAGAGCAGAGUUGCAAGUGGGAGAGAAUUUAAAUAACGUCUGGUGACAGACAAAAUAUAGCUUCUUGAAUUUUGUUUACAAAUUUUUUAUUAAAGAGAUCUAAGCUGACUUCAGCUACCAAACAGUCCAGAAUGAGUUCUGGGUAUUUAUAAAAGUAUUUAUAUCUUCACCAGGAUGAUAAAAGAUAUUUUUUAAGAAAUGAAAUAUAAUGAGAUUUGGGCCUUUGAGUCCCUUUCUAGCUUCCUAAAACCUCAGUAUACUUUAUUAUAAGUAUGUUCAGGAAGUGUAUCUAUGAGUAUCUGUACGCUGUCCAGAGUAAAUAUGUUUUGAGUGUUUAUUCAACAUUUGGUCACAAUUAUUGGCCCUGAUUCACGUGGAAUGCUUUUUGGUCCCUCACUGGAUGUAGUCUUUAAAAGCUUGCUGUUAGAGAUUCACAUUUCUUAGGAAUAGUUGUCUGAGCUAAGGAGGGCUAAGGUGUUUAUGGGAUGAACACUGCUUUUCAUAAAUGAAAACCUUUUCCCAAAGACAUAGCUAUACUAUUUCCCAUAGGUGUACAGGGAGGCAAUAGCAAGUUUAAUGAAAAUAUUUCAGGCAAAUUUUUCCAAUCCAAACCAUAAUAUAUUAAGUAAAAUAUUAAGUGUUUUAAGCUACCUGGUGUGUAUCAGCAUAUAUGGUAUUUGCUGAUAUUGGACCAAAAACUACCGUGUAAAGCACUGAGAAUUUUAUCAAAUGAAUCAUAAAAAUCAGUGGUGGCUCUUGUCUUUCCCAUCAUCUUAAACCUCUCAAAAUAUUUGCUGAUCGCUCCAGGUCUUAUGUGUGUCUAGGUAGAUAGAGAUGACGAUACAAAAUUUAAUAUAUAGGCAAGUAUUGUAUGGGAAGUUGUGGGAAAGAAAAAAUCCCAUUUACAGUAUUUUCUCAGUCAACUGUGCAGAUCCAAAUCUAAACAUCCUAAACCCAGGUGGAUUUAUACUUCUGUGAAAUGUACAACAAAAUUAGCUAUAAAGAAAUACACGGCAGUGUUUGCUUUUCUCUGAUUUUUAGCAGAUUUCUGGUGACUGUAGAUAUUUAUUAUUAUUAUUACCUGAAAAUAUGCAAUACACCCACCUCCCCUAAACCAAAACAAAUUAAAGAGACAGAAGGAAGACUUGAUAAUGUUGCACAGCAGUUGUUCACAUGGAAAGAAAAGAUGCUGCCGUAAAGGAGAACCAAAAAAAAAAACCAAACCCAAACCAUACAGAUCCUGAAAGUAGAGGGAAUUGGGUUCUGCAUGCUUUUGUUGUUUUGAUGUUGGCAUAUGAUAUGAGUGAAUAACAGGGGAAGAAAAGGCUUAAGUGUAGGAUUCUAGGCAAGUAGCUGGCAUGGUUGCAGAUGUAUACGUGUACAGAAGAAGCAGCUGAGAAGUUGAAGAAAAAUCUUCAACAGUAGAGCCACAAGCCACAGCUUGUGAGGCUCAGCCCUAGAGCGCGUGGAAUUCUGAAUAUUGCCUGAGCUUUGUUGAUAUAUUUGCACUGACUUUCAAUUAAACUGAGAUCAAGACUUUCUGUAUUUCCCUCUCUCUCACUCUAGCUGCUGCUAUUCUUGAAGAGGAGAAAAGAAUCUUCCUGCCUAAGUGACCAUCCUUUCUGUACCUUUCUGGAUGGUGCUGGUGACUUGUUACAUUUUCCUGAUUACAGCUCUAGCAGUUUGUUGGUCAUUCCUAUCACCAAGAUUUCCUGUGACUCCAGCUGGAACUGAAUCAGGCUGUAAAUGAUAUGGGCCAUUCUUGGUAGCAUGUCCUGUAGUGUUACACUGCUCCUGGACGACAACUUUUAUGGAGGCAGGAUAUUGAAUUGCUGAGGAAUGCAGUAGGCACAUGGAGGUAAAAACAGCUACAAUAGACAUACCUGCCUCUGGCUUUUUUUUCCUCUUUUAAAGACAUUGUAGAAUUUCUCAUGGUUUUGUCUUUCCUUUUUCACCACAGUAAAUUUUCCUUUUUCUUUUAAAAUGGAUUUUGUGUUCUGCUUGUGUUUCUUAGAGCAGUGUAGCCACCCACUAACUUAAACGCAUGGAAAUAAGAUAUUUCAAUAUAUAAGAUAAAAUUAAGGAAGAUUUAGAAUUUUUGUAUUACUGGAAAAUUUCAUUUAAUGUUUAUGCAGCUUUUGCUCAGAAUACAUUAUUCUGCUAUAUAAGAAGCUCUGUUAGGAAAAAGAGUGCUGUGGACAAAUAGAAACCAAAUCACCGCCAGCUUGCCAUGUUUUGGCAGCAUCUCAUAGCUGCACAUCUCUUUCCCUGUGAUGUUUAAGGAACACUUAGGAGGUCAAAUAAGGCUCACAAGAGAAAUUAGUGGUGAUUUUGCUUUUCCUGGUGAAAAUAAAUCUUUUUACAUAGUUUUAAAGGUAGCUGGAGUUCUAAAAGCUGAAGCUGUGUAGCAUUGGUUUUCUUUGCUGGAAGGCUAAGCUCUUUCUGUCCGCCAGUGGAGAGAGAGAGAAAACUCCCUCUGGAUGGCCAUUCAGAGCUCUGAAGGCUUUGAAGCAGUCAUGUGUGUGAUGUGUCCUGAAAGAUUUUACCUCUCUCUUGACCUUUUAGAAAAUAUGGUCUCCUAACUUAGACAUGUCAGUUAGGUGGGCUUAGAAAAGUAGUGGUCUACUUAUCCCCAACCUCAAAAAUCUGCUUGUUAAAUCUGCAAGCGAAUACCAGUUUAAACCUUGCAGGUUCCUGCGCUUGUGCAAGCAGUUACUGAGGCAGCACCUGUUAUUUGUGGGUUUUCCAGUGAUCUCAGCCUCAUUGGUAUAGUUUUCUUUAUACCAUGUGAUUAUGCAGCAUGAAACAAAAGUGUCAGAAUCUAUUCCUUGAAGAAUAAAUUGCCAAUUUUCAUAUUUCUGCAGUAUAGCAUAUGUAUCUUAUUGAUGGGGAAGAUUUUGGUACUAUUCCUUCCCUUGAUGAGUUUACAGACAUAGAACAGGGCUUGAGGUACAAAUCUAAGGGUCUAAGAGUCAGCUUGGAUUCAGGAAGAAUUCAAGAGGUGAAUAUUUUUUUUGUUUUAUGCUGCAUUUGAGAAGUUUCAUGUAUAAAACCUAGUGAAAACAGGUGUUCUAUGACAAAAUCCUCUCUUAGUUAAUAUAAAGCAGUAACCAUUCUGUGGCUUGGCUAGAUUCUGUUAAGUGUUAAUCAUCACAUCAUGUGCUUCUUUCAGGUUGGAAUGUCAUACGUUCGCUUGCUGAACUCCCUUUUCUGGCUAUAAAUGUCUGAGCUCAAAUGUCCUUUUAAAGUAGAUGUCAUUUCUGGAUGGGACAAUCUGAUUUGCAACAUAAAACCAGUUUUCUGGUGAAACACUUAAAUUGUUUGUUUUACCAAUGUUAUCUUUUUAAUCUAAACUUCCUCCCUAUUGAGGGGUGAGCCUUCGGAGUGUAACAGUGCGGCAGGAAUCUCUGAAAGACCAUAAAGGUUUUUCAAAGUAUGACUUUUAUAAUAUGUGCCAUUUCCCCACCCAAACUCACCUGUCCUGUCUUAUUUAAAUAUCCUAGCAACACGUUAGUAUUUACUGGCAUAGAAGGGAGCACAGUUUAAUGACGGGCGUGUUUGUAUUUGUGGACAUAAAAGCAAAUACAGACAGGUAUAUGGUUUGAUAGAGGAAAGGGUCAACCUGCUCUGACUGGAGUCACCUGUAAAGUUGUCGUUAAGUAUAGUGGGAGUAGCCUCAAGACUGUCACAUCUCUUACAUCGCUCUAAUCAUGCAGGCUUUUCUGUCUGAUGUGAACACGUUGUACAUGGUGUAAAAUUCUUGUUGAUGCUCAGCAUUCAUUGUGGAAUUAAUCCCAUGUUCACCUUCAUUAUAGCUGUAUGUAUAGUUUGUGUGAUGGAGAGGUGGUUGUUUGCACUUUCGGGUGUCUGUUGCCCUUUUAAAUAGGAGCAGAAACCUCGCCUUGUUUCUCUCUGCUCUGCUCAGGAGGGUUACUGCACUCUUUGUAAAUAAGCUCCCCAGUUCAGUUUUUAAUUUUUUUCCUUUUGCUCUGCUUCUUUCAACCUGGGUACAGAGUUUGCUCUCUAGAAAUAUACGCUCUUCCAAUGUCCUGCAGCUCUGGAAGUCAGGAUUACAAGUGUGCAGUGAAUGCACUUAGUUCUUCCCAUAGGUUCAUAAGCUUUUUUGUUACAUACUGCAGAAUAUAUCUGCUGUGGUUGAAAUCGGUUUUUAAAAUGAAUGCCAGUCUAAACAGCUGUAAGAAUCCACUGAUGAUUUUGUGAUGAUUUUGUCAUAUCUAUAAUUUAAGAACUAGAAACAAUUAAGUUAAGAAGUAAAAUUAAGUUACCUCACUAUUUACCAGGUUUCUAUUGUUUUCCACUUAAAUGACACUUUUUACUCCUUAUGCUUAAUUCUUUACAUGUAUUGAAAACAAUGCUAAAUUAGUAAGGUUUAACCAUACCGUAACAUUGUCAUGCAAUAACUUUAUUAGUAGAUAACCACGCUAAAUAUAGUAUAACAUAUUUAUAAGAGAGAUGGUUUUUGACUCUCCAACUCUUAAAAAGUAGUGCUAAUGAGCAGUUAUACUCCUAGAUGUUUUGUCCUUUACCUUUUGUAGUAGUAUUUGUUUUCACUAAUAUAUUUCAAAAAAAUUAUAUUUCUAUGUGCACGUUCUAAAACUGUGAAAAUAAACACCAAUAAAUAUUGUGAUACUUAUUACAGUGCACUGUAAAGUUCCAAGUGAGAUGAUACUUUGCUUGGGAAUUGAUGAAGGUUUCCUCACUUCUCAGAAAUGGUAUUAAGCUUUAACUUGGGCAAAUUGUAAUAUUUACAGUUACAUGAAAUUUUGAUGGAGAAUGUCUUGAUUUGCACUUCUAGUACUAUUAGAAGAAAUAUGUUUUUCUCAGCAAAUGCAUUAUGAGAAUAAGUUUUUUAAAUUUGUUUUGUGCAUUCCAGUACACGAGAAUAGCUAUUUUGAAGAGAUUUCUGUUACAUCAUUACUACAGGAUUCGUUAGUCUGAUAAAUUUUUAUUGAGCCUGUUUAAUAAUGGUGUUUAUUGGUAAAAAAACUCUUGGAGAUGUAUUUUGACUUCUGUUGCACAUUGCAAACCCUGUAUUUGGACUAAUAGUGAUGCAGUCGAAGGACUUCAUGAGGUUGCUGUGCCUUCCCAUGCGGCUGGGGAAGGAGACCUUUCUUUUUCACUGUUGGGACAAGAUUAGAGAAGAAAAAUUUUGGAGGAUGUGUUCUGCAACAUUUGAAGUGUAAAUGAUCUUCAGAAGGGAAAAAGAAAAUAAAUCGGUGGCUCACAGUUAUCCACAGUAGUGGGUGGUCUGUGACAGGCUGUGGGGUGUGUGGUUUCUGGAGGAAAUGAUAAUUUUUAACUGAAGUUAUUUGAAUUCCACUUAAGUUUCUGAAAGUCACUGAAAAAAAUGGGAGUUUUCUUUUUUUUUUUUUUUUUUUAAAAAAAAAAGCAAAGUCUUUAUGUUGUCAUAUGAGGUUUCACAGGAAAAUGGGCCAAAGAAUACAAUUAAAUAUGCAAAAGGUUAAUCCUCUGAAAAAGGGUAUCCUGUCAUCUUGAUAUGCACGAGCAUAUUAACGGUAAUAGGAACAAUAUGUGUAAUUUUCCUGUACAUUGCUAUGUAGGUUGCACUAUUUUGAAUGAUACAAGCCUGAUAUUUUAAUUACCAAAUACCAUAAGAAGCUGUUUAUUAAUAGUUUAAACCUGUUAACCUAAAUAUAUAUACAGUAUACACAUGCGUGCGUGCAUACACUUUCCAACUUAGUCAUGUGUGAGUAAUCUCCCAGAGCUGUGGGACACAUUUCAGCAGUGCUUUAUUUAAAGCGAUUCUUUUCUCUCCUUUCCAAAUCUCUUGGAUCCAAAAAGCCUCUAGCAGCAUUUGUUGUAAUGUUUGAUAGCUAUUACAGAUGAGGCUAAAGGACUGGCUGAGAUCAGGAUUGUGUUAGGACCCAGGAAAACACAUCAGAGGAGAAUUCCUGUCUGAACAAACUGGAAACGAUACUCACUAUAAAUAACAAGGGCAUAGGAAAAGGAUGUCUUCUCAUACUGUUUUGAAAAUUCAUGAUUUUAGGGAGUCUGUCGGGCUGGUGACUGACUUUAGAAUGCGGUGUCGGUUUAUGUAAUCCAUAUUACUUAGGGUAGCUGAGGUAGGAUAUCUGCCAAACAAAAAUUCCCUGGAGAGAUCAGCUAGUGAGUGUGCCAGGGGCCACCCAAGUAUUCGUCCACGCAGACUGGGCAGUCCUCAAAAUCAGUUUUGCACACAGAGGCAGUAUUUAGCAGUGGUGUUUAAGUCAGAAUCCCUUCUCAACACACGGGCUUUUGAGCUUGCUGUUACUGAUGAUGUGGAGAUUUUCGCCAGGUAUUCGGUUCCUUUCCUAAAUUUACUAACCAAAGUGCUCCAAACAAAACUUAUGUCAAAAAAUACGUUGAACUCACUUGCUUGAAGUAAUUCCUGAGUUUUUGGUUUUUUUCAAAGGGAGAAUUGGAUAGUUACUCAUUUUUCCACCGUAACCCAGAAACAGAAAAUCCUGUAGGGUCAAUUUUUGUCUAUAGUUCAUUGUAAGUAUGUCUUGGAGAAACAUUUGGUUCGAAGUCCUUAAUCUGCAAGAAGAAAAUUGUUACUUAACUUGGUUUUACCUGGCCUAGGUCUGGAUUCCAAACUUGGGCAAAACACCUUUGGACUUAAAUAGGGAUGUGUGAGUGAGUGGUGGGAGAGGAGAUCCUUAGUGCAGUUCACACUUAGAAUUAAAAACGAAAUCAAACCUCAUGUUGCAAGUGGAUAGAAGUUGCAUCAUACAAAAUUGUGUGUAGCUGGAAAGGAAGCUAGUGCAAUUUUUAAUAAGAACUGUUUACAGUUUACACUUUAUAUAUCAGCUAUAAUAUUUUGAAAUAGUCUUAUUCAUUUCAGAACGUCCAUUUUGCACGGAUGAAGAACAGCUUGAUCUCUCUGUCUUCACACCUCACACCCACAUGCACAUGCACAGUAUAUCUUGUGUCUUCCCUGUUGAAACCAGAAGGUACAAACAGAAUUCAUUAAUGUGUUAGGCAAACUCCUACCCGAUUCUUGACUAGAUAUCCUAUUUUUAUGCAAAAUUUGCAUCCAUACAUUUCAGGUUCUCUCAGAAGCACUUCACCUAUGAGUUAAUAAUGUUAAUUUUAAUUCAUCAGAUUCAAAUUUAUGCUAAACUUGAAGGGUAUUUUGUGCUUCCUUUCAUCCUGCUUAAAGAUUUUUGCUGACUUAGAUGAAACACUAAUAUUUCUGUGCUGCUAAACAAAAAACACCAGAAAUAUUUUAAAUCUCGAAUUACACUUUUAAAAACAUUUUUACCUGUUUACUUGAAUAACGUAAAUUUAAUGUGUUGUCCUGAUUAGUCUUUGUAUACCUACAUGUAUAUACAUAUAUGAGCUAUAUAUAAGCUUUAUAUAUAUGUAUAUGUAUAAAGUUUUGGGGGAGGAUAAGGGGCAAGACAAAAAGUCAGCAUUGUGUCAAAGAUUAUACAACCAUUUAUUAACAGUUUCAAAUAAUACAUUGCUAUUUUGAGUUUGAUUAGAAGGUAUUUGCGGUUGAACUCUGAAAAUGAGAUGUAAGUGCAAAUAAGUAUUAGAUCUAUUAGAUCUUUGUCCUAAGACUUUGGGUUAGUUUCAUUUUUAUUUUGAGAAAAUAAGAAUUUACAAUACUAACACAGGAUUUUGCUCAGAAAGAAAAAUAGUUAUCAAUACACUUGGAAAAGUAUUCUUGUUCUAAUGAGGGGAAAAACCUCUAAGUGUACUGAUUUGUAUGUAUUACACAAAACACUAAUUUACAUAACAGUAGAAGAAAUUUGCAUUACAUAAAUAACAUCUUACCAUAAUUCUUGGAACCAUUUGCUUCCAUACACAGUAAAUUAAAAAGCCUAUUGCUUUUGUUAUUUACUAGUGCAAUUUACUGUAACGCUCUCAAGAGUGUAGUAUUUCAAACCAAAGUAAUAAAUUUCCAAUUGCUAGGAAAGAAUAGUAAAGGUUUAAAGACCUAUUAACACCUGGGGAAAUUGAUCAGGAUGUUAGAGUAGAAGUAAAAGAAUAUUGGGGAAGUGGAAUCAAGCAUAAAAUAGUUACUUUUUAAGAGAAUCCAGAAUUUCACUGUAAAAUUCGUAGUCUAACGGAUUCUUCAAAAGAAAGGGUUUGGGGAAAAAGAGAAUAAUUAAGAACUAGUUUUGACAUUACAAUUACUGCCUGUUUUAUUAGCUAGGUUUAGCAAACUGAAAUUAAUUCUAACACACAAGUGUCUGUAAGCGCAGUUUUAACUGUCAUGUUACAGAGAUACCGCACAUCUGGCUACCCCUGCCCCCACCAUCCCUCGUUCUGAAAUCCUGGUGGCAGUUGGAUCUACCCAAAAGCACACCUUGCUUGAAGGAGCUGGGAGUCACACACUUCUCUCCCAUGUUACGCAUACUGUCUCACUGCAGUUCACCUCGACUGUGUUUUAACCCAGUGCAUGACUGAGUGCUAAUACUGUAUAAAUAUUUUGAAACAUAUCUAAAAAAAAAAAGAAAAUGUUUGCUUCAAAAUUUUUACAAUAGAGAAAUACAUAAAUAUUAUGGUUGUCUUACAAAUUGUAUUGUGUUCUUCAUUUUUGUUAAAUGUGUAGAAAAAACAUUAAGGGAACGGGGGACUUGAAUGUCUGUGUGUACUGAAAUGUAUAUAGCUAUUUGGGAAAGACACAUGUGCCAAGUAUAACAUGAUGUA